AGUAUUUUCAGAAGGAGGUGUGGUCUUCGAAUUCGAUUCUUCACAUCAAUCAAGAAACGGAAGUUAGGGUUUUGUUUUCACAGAUUUAUCUCAGUUUGCUACUUGUUGUAUUGGUUAAGAGUUCAAACAGUUGAAAGUUCUUCAUAAACUCAAUACAGGUUUGUAGUUUUGCUUUAAUGAUGCGGAUGUUAUGCUAAAGUUUAAGCUCAUUGAGUUUCAUAUUCAUUCAACUGACCAAACAGCAUGAAUUCCUCGUCCACUCAGUAUCUCAACUCGAAGAGGAUGGAUGUAUAUGAGCCGAUGCACCAGUUUAGCAUGUGGGGAGAUUUCAAAGGCAACAUUUAUCAGGAUGCAUCUGCAACCAUGAUUAUAGAGGUGGAUGCAAAGCUAGACAACCAGUCAGAGGAUACUUCACACACAACAAUUGGACCUUCGAAUCAGUGUGAUCAAGAAGCAAGCAAACCAGGUGAUAAGGUUCUGAGACGUCUUGCACAAAAUCGUGAAGCAGCUCGUAAAAGUCGUUUGCGGAAAAAGGCCUAUGUUCAGCAGUUGGAAGUUAGUCGUCUGAAAUUGCUUCAUCUCGAACAAGAACUUGAACAAACUAGGGCACAAUGUGCUUUAAUGAGUGGUGGAGUCAAUGUGUGUCAUCUUGGGUUCCCUGGAGGUGCAAACUCAGUAACACCUGCAGGAAUAGCUGCAUUCAAGAUGGAGUAUGAGCGGUGGGUUGAAGAACAAAAUAAAAAAACUAAUGCUUUGAAGACAGCAUUGCAUUCUCCUUUGCCUGAUAUGGAGUUGCAUAUACUUGUUGACGACACCAUGAACCACUAUGCCAAUCUCUUCACCAUUAAAGCUAAUGCAGCAAAGGUUGACGUCUGCUAUCUCAUAUCAGGCGUGUGGAAAACAUCAACUGAACGUCUUUUCUUGUGGAUUGGAGGCUUUCGCCCUUCAGAACUUUUAAAGGUUCUUGUACCACAGCUUGACCUCUUGGACCAGCAAUCUCAUGAUCUCUCUAACCUUAUUCAAGCAUGCCAGCAAGCUGAAGAUUCUCUCUCACAAGGAAUGGAAAAACUUCAGCAAACUCUGGCUGAGGCUGUGGCUUUUGCUCAUGCUUUGGGAGGAGGUUGCUAUGAGAUGACUAAUGCAAUGGAUAAGUUAGAAGAGCUAGUAAGGCUUGUUAUCCAGGCAGAUUACGUUCGUAAAGAAGCCCUGCAACAGACGAUACGCUACCUGACCACCCGUCAAGCUGCUCAAGGGUUGAUCUCUUUAGGCGAGUAUUUCCAACGGCUUCGUGAUCUGAGUUCUGCUUGGGCCAUGCGGCUUUGCGAACCGGCCUAACUAAACUCAAUGCCAUGGUUAACGAUCUGUGUGUCUGUGUAUAAAGAAAUGGAAUUAUAUUAAUAGUAUUUUGGCAGUUUUUUCAUCAGCCUUCCACAAUUGAGAAGUUCUAUAUUCUAUUGAUCAUCAUCAUCAUCAUCAUCAUCAUCAUCAUCAUCAUGUCAAAAGCAGCAGUGUGUAACUAGUUUUUCUUCUUUUAGAAUGUUUGUAUAGUCAUUAUAUUCUCUCUUGAAGAUAAUUUUUGGUCAGAAUUGGAGACAUGAUUGUUUGUGGUAAAGGUUUAUUACACCUUGUACAAAAGUAGGAAUGAAAAGUUGUCUGUAUACAUCAAGUACAUGUUUGUCUAAAUAUAGAUAUAGAGUUUGCGGACA